GAGGGCUCGCCGCGCCUGAGCAACCCCUGUCUGUCGCUGCCGCUGUCGCCUUGGCCGCCGCCGGCCCGGACUCGCCCAGAGCGCAGGGUGUGUGCCCCGCUGCGCGUGGAGCGCGGAGGCUCCUCCAGCCCCAGCUCCUCGCCCCGGCCUGCGCGCGCGGGUCCCGGAGGGCGCCGACCCCACCAUGCAGCUGCAGUUCCGGAGCUGGAUGCUGGCCGCGCUCACGCUGCUUGUGGUCUUCCUCAUCUUCGCAGACAUUUCGGAGAUCGAAGAAGAAAUCGGGAAUUCUGGAGGCAGAGGUACAAUCAGAUCAGCUGUGAACAGCUUACAUAGCAAAUCUAAUAGAGCUGAGGUCGUAAUAAAUGGGUCUUCAUUGCCAGCUGUUGUUGACAGAAGUAAUGAAAGCAUUAAACACGGCAUCCAGCCGGCUUCAUCCAAAUGGAGACACAACCAGACGCUCUCUCUGAGGAUCAGGAAGCAGAUUUUAAAGUUUUUGGAUGCAGAGAAGGAUAUUUCCGUCCUUAAGGGGACCCUGAAGCCCGGAGACAUUAUUCAUUAUAUCUUUGAUCGAGACAGCACAAUGAACGUUUCCCAGAACCUCUACGAACUCCUUCCCAGAACCUCACCCCUGAAGAAUAAGCAUUUUCAGACUUGUGCCAUCGUGGGCAACUCGGGGGUGUUGCUGAACAGCGGCUGUGGGCAGGAGAUUGACACGCACAGCUUCGUCAUAAGGUGCAACCUGGCUCCAGUUCAGGAGUAUGCCCGGGACGUGGGCCUCAAGACAGACCUAGUGACUAUGAACCCCUCAGUCAUCCAGCGGGCCUUUGAGGACCUGGUGAACGCCACGUGGCGGGAGAAGCUGCUGCAGCGGCUGCAUGGCCUCAACGGCAGCAUCCUGUGGAUCCCUGCCUUUAUGGCCCGGGGCGGCAAAGAACGUGUGGAGUGGGUCAACGCUCUCAUCCUGAAGCAUCAUGUCAACGUCCGCACGGCCUACCCUUCCCUGCGCCUGCUGCACGCAGUCCGAGGAUAUUGGCUGACCAACAAAGUUCACAUAAAAAGACCAACUACUGGCCUCUUGAUGUACACUCUGGCUACACGCUUCUGCAAUCAGAUCUACCUCUAUGGCUUCUGGCCCUUUCCACUGGAUCAGAAUCAGAACCCCGUCAAGUACCACUAUUAUGACAGCCUCAAGUACGGCUACACCUCCCAGGCCAGCCCCCACACCAUGCCCUUGGAAUUCAAGGCCCUCAAGAGCCUGCAUGAGCAGGGAGCAUUGAAACUGACGGUCGGCCAGUGUGACGGGGCUACGUAAGGAUGGCAGCCCGUGGGACUCAGUGGCUCACUUUCCUGCCAGCUACACCACAGGCAGAUGGGAGUCGGGGU